AUGAGCUCCUCCACUAGUAGGAUGGAACAGAACAGAACAGAAGAAGCGACCAAUUAUGACUUUCAGGGUUUUGACUCAGAGGAAGAAUUAAACCCGCUUCUUUCUGGAGUCGGCCAGGAUUCAGAGGACUCAGAUGAACAGGACCAAAUUGGCUCACCUGACUCCGUAAAUAAAUCAUCUCCAGAAGAGACCAAAAAGUCAGUCAAGAGAGGGCUCAUCAGCAGGAUGAAAGCUAUUUCUGUCCAAACAUUUGCUCAAGAGUCAAUCCUGAAUGUGAGGUCUAGAGUCAGGCGUAGGUUGGCCCACCAUCAAAGACAGGAAGCUGACAGUUCAGAUACUUCAAUGCUUCUGGAGAGUGAGGAUAGUCUUUCAAAUGAGAUAAUUACACCCGAAGAUCAGCAUACAAACAGUGAGUCUGAAGAGAUUGGGCCUUCCACUGCCCUCUGUAAAAGUGACUGUGAGCGUCGUCUUGAUGUGGCUCAGAAAUGCCACAUUGAGAAAGUGGCUGAGCUUGAGAGAGAAAAGGAGGAAAUCCAGGCUAUAAAGGAAAACCUCUUCUCUCAAGUUAGUCGUCUGCAGGAUGAGAGCAUCACAAAUGAAAGGAACAGGAGCCUCUUGACUGAGAAGGUGGCGAGUCUUGAAACAAGACUGGAUGAAAAAGAGUUAGAAAAUGGAAAUUUGGUGGCAGAAAUUGACGAUUUGAAGGAAAGGAAUUGGCGUCAAGAAAAGCAUUAUGGAGAGAAAGUGCUUCACCUAACAAGAGACUUGCAGCAAGCUCAGGACAGAGAAAGGGCCCUGAACCAGCAAGUGACCUCUCUCCAAACAUCAUUUAAUAAAACACAAGACGAGGCUACACAGCUCAGGGCAGCAUUGCAUGACUGUGAGCGUCGUCUUUAUGUGGCUCAGAAAUGCCACAUUGAGAAAGUGGCUGAGCUUGAGAGAGUAAAGAAGGAAAUCCAGGCUAUAAAGGAAAACCUCUUCUCUCAAGUUAGUCGUCUGCAGGAUGAGAGCAUCACAAAUGAAAGGAACAGGAGCCUCUUGACUGAGAAGGUGGCGAGUCUUGAAACAAGACUGGAUGAAAAAGAAAGAGAAAAUGAAAAUUUGGUGGCAGAAAUUGACGAUUUGAAGGAAAGGAAUUGGCGUCAAGAAAAGCAUUAUGGAGAGAAAGUGCUUCACCUCAUAACAGCCUUGGAACAAGCUCAGGACAACGAAAGGACCCUGAAUCAGCAUUCAGAGGAAACAAUCAGCAAGCUCAGAGAAGAGCUCAAGGCAAAGCAGGAGGAAGAGAUACUAGCGCCAAGUGAAAGACAUCUUAACUCCACUGGGGUGCAGACAGACGAGAUAUCACCUGACCUCGAGAUAUCACCUGAACCUCAGCAGCUGGAAACUCCUGCUGCUGAGGCUCAGAGUGAAAGCCUGUGGAAGCGCUCUCUCAGAGGUGCACUGAGCGUAGGCAAGUUCAUUGGUGUGUCAUCUGCAUGUGCACUUGUUGCAGUGGGUAUGCUGUCCAUUAGAUUGAUUGCUCAUUGUGAUUGCCCAUGUGAUCCGUUCUCCCACCUGUUGGAAUCAUUGACUAUUCACAACACAGGACACCCCUUUUAA